AUGGGCUCCAUUCCGAUUGUGGAUUUCAGUCAUUGGUCCGGUGGUUCGCCCGAGGAGAGACAGAGCAUCGCGAAAAAGCUGACGGACGCUGCCCGCGGAGUGGGUUUUGUUUAUAUUGUCAACCAUGGAGUCUCAGACAAUGUACUGGACCAGGCCUUUGCGUGGUCCAAGAAGCUUUUUGAUCUGCCGCAUGAGAAGAAGAUGCUCGCACCUCAUCCGCCCGGACCAAACGUGCACAGGGGAUACUCGUGGCCUGGCCUGGAGAAAGUCUCUCAGUAUAUUCACAAAGGGGAUGAAGAUCCGGACGCAAAGGAUCAAGAGCUGCGAAAAGUCGAAGAUUGCAAGGAGAGCUACGAGAUUGGCAGUGAAAAGUGCGAGAACAUGCCGAACGUAUGGUUGCCGGACGAGGUUCUACCCGGAUUCAGGAACUUCAUGACCGAGUUCUAUUGGGCAUGCUUCGGAACAGCACAAGACGUUCUCAGAGCGCUGGCCGUAGGCAUCGGUCUGGGCGACGAAGAUUUCUUGCUGAAGUUCCACAACGGGCAUAAUAACCAGCUGCGGCUGCUGCACUACCCGCCAGUUGAGAAAGAGAAACUCGAGAGUAACAUGGUGGCAAGGAUGCCAGCACACACGGAUUGGGGGUCCAUCACGAUGCUGUUUCAGGACGACUGCGGUGGUCUGCAGGUGGAGGAUCCUCACAGCCCCGGAAAGUUCAUGGAAGCGGUCCCGAUCAAGAAUGCCAUUGUCAUGAAUGUGGGGGAUCUACUGAUGCGGUGGAGCAACGACUACUUGAAGUCAACCCUGCACCGAGUUACGCUCCCUCCACUUCAGCCCGAGCUUGUCGAGGGCAAAGCCAUGACGCGUGCGCGCUACUCAAUCCCAUAUUUUGUCAGUCCCGAUCCCAGCGCAGUUAUCGAAUGCCUACCUGCAUGUGCAGGCGAGCAGAACCCGGUCAAGUAUGAGCCAGUAGUCCAGGAGGACUACAGGCGGAUGAGAGCGAAGCUGCAGUAUCCGGAGAAGCCGUCGACGCCCAUCGCAGUUGCGUGA